AGAUCACCCUAUCCCUCCGAUUUAGCACCUCCGUCCUCACAACACAUUCGAGCAUCUUGCAGGAUUUUGGUCAAGAAAUGGCGCACGCGUUGGCUACGCCAGUGCUCCCUUCAGUCUCGCUCAUAUCCAACCCCAUCUCUAGCUCUUCCAAAGCCGCCGCCUUGACGUUUCCAUUAUCCACUACAUUCCCCAGGAUUGGUGGAUUGAGUAUUAAGUGCGCGCGUGUUGGUGGAGUUGAGAUUCCAAACAACAAGAGGGUGGAGUAUUCUCUGCAGUACAUUCAUGGAAUCGGCCGCACUACCGCCAGGCAAAUACUGAAUGAUCUCAAUUUUGAGAAUCGAUUGACCAAAGACUUCUCUGAGGAAGAGCUCACCACAUUGCGUGAAGAGGUUUCCAAGUAUAUGAUUGAAGGAGAUCUCAGGAGGUUCAACGCACUUGCUAUCAGGAGGUUGAAGGAGAUACAGUGCUACAGGGGGAUUAGGCAUAUACAAGGAUUGCCUUGUAGGGGACAGAGGACUAAGAAUAACUGCAGGACCUUGAAAGGCAAGAGGGUAGCCAUUCCUGGCAAAAAGAAGAAGUGAAAAUUGCUUGCUAUUUCUUUCUGCAUAAUUUACAGCUUUCUUGCACAUUAUGCUGAUAGGGUUUGGGAGUUAAUCAGCUGGUGAGAUGCAUGUUAAGGAUUCUCUAGCAAUUCUUAGGAUUCUUGAGUUAAUUCCGAGGUUUUGGAUAGUAAGUCAGUUUUAAGAAUAUCUAUAACAGGAAUGGUUGCGAGGGCUGACAUUAUUGUAGGUCAUCAUAAGGUCAUUCUUUUUUCUCUCCUUUCUUUCCUUUUGUUGUUUUUAGCUCUUGGGCAUUGCAAAGAAGGGGCAUUUUCCAUGUGAAAUUUGAUAUUGUUCUUGCAUCUCAAACUUCAUCC